ACGAGAGUAUACUUUAUAGAAAGAUAAAGUUUGUGCUAAGCAAAUUUGUUCAUUAUAAUAAUAGAUUAGAUAUUUUUUUUCAAAAAGUAAAGUGCUUUAUUUGUUGUAACUUUUAAAUUUUCAAAAUGGAACAAUGGAUUGGUGCAGUAGCUGUUGUUACCGGAGCUAGUGCUGGAAUUGGUGAAAGUAUUGCUAUUGAAUUAGUUAAAAAAGGAUUAAAAGUUGUCGGACUUGCAAGAAGAAUCGAUCGAUUGAAUAAAUUAAAGGAAGAUUUGAAAAAUGAAUCUGGUGAAUUCCAUCCAAUUAAAUGUGACAUGACUAUUGAAGAAGAUAUUUUGGCAGCAUUUCAAUGGACCCGUAAUAAUUUAGGUUCCGUUAAUUUACUAGUAAAUAAUGCUGGAACUUUUCGUAACACUAACCUUACAGAAGGGAAAACAUCUGAUUGGAAGACAGUCAUUGAUUUAAAUUUACUUGGCUUAUGUAUUGCAACUCGCGAGGCAGUCAAAAUAAUGACAGAGAAAAAUUUAGCAGGGCUUAUAAUUCAUAUAAACAGCAUAAGUGGUCAUUUUCCACUUAUCACUGUGGCAUCGAUGGUAAAUGUUUAUGGGGCUACUAAGUAUGGUGUAACUAAUUUAGCUGAGACAUUACGUUUAGAGCUGGCAACCAAAAAAUCGAAAAUUCGUGUAAGUAGUAUCAGUCCAGGUGCUGUAAAAACAGAAAUCCUUGAAGCAAGUGGUUUGGAUAAGCAUGAGAUAGAUAAAAUGAGGAUACAGAAUGGCACAGCUUUAUUAGAGCCUGUCGAUGUUGCAAAUGCAGUGUUAUACUUAAUGACUACUCCACCUUCUGUAAACGUAACGGAAUUAAUCAUCAGACCAACAGGAGAAAUUAUGUAAUUUUGUUUACAUGAGGACUUCUAAGAGGAAGUAUAUUUUAACGUUUUUCGAUUUGUACACCCUUAU